GACGUCAUUUGUUUUGGUAGCUAGGCUAUUUCCUAAAUUUCUAUAAUCGAAUAUCGAAAUCAAGUCGACACCAUAGGCUAACAAAGUAAAUACCGUUGACGUUCAAAAAACUCAUUCACACAAUUUGAGGAUAAAAUUGUUUCAAUACAUGAAAGCCGUUGUUGAUUUUUCAAAUCAAAACACUGUUUUUGUAGAGGUUAGAAUAUUAAAAGCAAACUGUAAAAUUUGAAGGUUAUGAAUGCUUGAAAAUUUAAUGUAGUUCAGUGUAGCAAAUUUGUGACUGUAAAGUACACAGAGAAAGAUAGAAAUAUUGUAAGCUGUUUGAUUUUUUUUAUCCUUAUCAGAUAAUGUUAUAAAACUUUCAUGUGCCAUCAUUAAGACACUGCAAUUUUUGACAUUAUUUAUGGUAUGAUGCAGAAGGCAUUGUAAACACAUGUUUAGAAUAAAAUAUAACCUCACUUUUUACUUUUAGUUAAAAGUUUACGUUUAUGAGAAACGAUGGUCUAUUUUCUGUUUAUUUAAUUAUGUAAAUGUAAUUAGAUCAGUGAAAGAUAUGGAAGACAUUAAUGAAUCAGUUGUUGAGGAAAAAGAAAUAUCAGAGAAAAAUUGGAACAGAAUGAAAGCCUCUCUUCAACAGGAAGGUUUAAGAGAAGGAGUAGCCUUGGGACGUGACAAGGGGUUCCAGGAGGGUUUCAAUGAAGGUUUUGCUCAAGGCUUUGAAGCUGCCUACUCUCUCGGAUAUUUGAACUCGCUGGCGUCGACCUUGAAGAGAAAGGAAUUGGGAAUCACUGCAGAUACCAAAUUUGAUGAUGCCAUGAUCAAUAACCCUCGCAGAGGAUUGUGUCAGAUGUGUCCAGAUACAAAGGGAAAUGCAACAAAAGUGCAAAUGUCUGAAAAAAUGGAACAGUUUUACAAUAUACCAAUAAGCGAAAUUGUAACGCAGCAAAGAAGUAUUGUUAAAGACGUGCUAGAGCAAACAAAACAAAAAAUGAUGAGUCACUUAAAGUCCUCGAAUAUUGAAAUUGAUUUUUCAAAUUUAUAUUCUUGAUUAUUUCAAGCAUUUACAGGUCCAGUGUAUCACUGGCUUGCGAGGACUCGUCAAAAACAUUUUCAUGGGUGAGUCAAAUAUAAAUAAGAGCGAUGUAUAGGCAUAAUUAAUACAUAGAUAGCAUAAAAUUAUUAUUCUUUUGCUUUUAUUGAUUAUUGAAAAAUAAGAAUUUAAACUUAGUAAAAAGUUUUCAAAAGGAUGAAUAUUUAAUUCAAACGUUACAUUCCAGUGAUAGGAUGGGUGAGUGACUUCACUUACACUAAGAUUGGUUAGAGUAGAGAGGAAUUAUUUAGUUCACUAUUAUGUUUUUUGCAUGACAAUAAAUGUAAUGUUCUUUUUAUCAUUGAAUAAAUCAAUUUUUAAUGUG